GCGGCUAAUGUUUACAGUCUGAGGUGUAUAGCUACGCUGAUGUAAAACGUUCCCUCUUAAGAUACUCAGCCGUUCUAGAUAAGAAGUUUCUGAGUGGUCGCCGUGAGCAUGGCGGACCGGGAGGAGCGACGCUUCGCGGAGGUUUCCCGGGACUCCGUCAAACUCAUGGCCGAGAGUUCAGGCGUGGAGCUCGGCGACGAUGUGGCCACACUGCUGGCGGAGGAUGUGUGUUACCGGCUGAGGGAGGCGACUCAGAGCAGCUCUCAGUUUAUGAGACAUGCCAAGAGGAGGAAGCUGACGGUGGAGGACUUCAACAGAGCUCUGCGCUGGAGCAACGUGGAGGCUAUAUGUGGCUACGGCGCCCAGGAUGCUCUUCCUUUCCGCUCAGCUAAAGAAGGAGAGCUUUUCUUCAUCGAGGACCGGGACAUCAACCUGGUGGAGCUGGCUCUGGCCACCAACAUUCCCAAAGGCUGUGCGGAGACCCUGGUGCGAGUAAAUGUGUCUUACCUGGAUGGGAAAGGAAACCUGGAGCCUCAGGGGACAGUUCCCUCAGCGGUGCAGACUCUAUCAGAGGACCUGUUGAAGUACUACCAGCAGAUCACACGGGCCAUCCUGGGGGAGGACCCCCACCUCAUGAAGGUGGCUCUGCUGGACCUCCAGUCCAACUCCAAGAUCGCCGCCCUCCUGCCAUACUUUGUUUACGUCAUCAGUGGGGUGAAGUCGGUGAGCCACGACCUGGAGCAGCUGAACCGGCUCCUCCACAUGGUGAAGAGCCUGGUCCAGAACCCCAACCUGUACCUGGGCUCGUACGUGCGCAGCCUGGUGUCCAGCGUCAUGUACUGCAUCCUGGAGCCCCUCGCCGCCUCCAUCAACCCGCUCAAUGACCACUGGACCCUCCGGGACUACGCCGCGCUGCUGCUCAGCCACAUCUUCUGGACUCACGGUGACCUGGUGAGCGGUCUGUACCAUCAGAUCCUCCUGUCCCUGCAGAAGGUUCUGUCGGACCCGGUGCGGCCCCUCUGCUCCCACUACGGGGCCGUGGUGGGGCUCCACGCUCUGGGCUGGAAGGCUGUAGAGAGGGUGCUGUUCCCUCACCUCCCUGCGUACUGGGCCAACCUGCAGGCGGUGCUGGACGAUUACUCUGUGUCCAACGCACAGGUCAAAGCCGACGGACACAAGGUGUACGGAGCCAUCCUGGUGGCGGUGGAGCGGCUGCUGAAGAUGAAGGCUCUGUCUCUGAGUCAGCCUGCAGAGGGGGGGUCCGGGGGUCCGCAGGUCUCCGUGGGGGGUGCCAUGGGGUACAGGGUGAGCUCCCCUGGCCUCAGCCCCCCCCCAGAGCCUCUGUCAGACGCCGCCCUGGGCAUCGCCAGCCACCUGCAGGCGGGGGGGGCCGGCUGCCCCUGGGAGGAGUGGACCCCCGUCCCCCUGCCCGCCAUGUACUCCGAGCUGUACUCCUUCUUCGGGGACAGCCUGGCGGUCCGGUUCAGCACGGGGCCCGGGUGGGGCAGCCCCCCCUGCACCCUGUCCCAGCACAGUGACACCAAGAAGGAGCCUGCUGGCCCCGCCUCCAACCCAGACACCACCCGAAAGAUGCCCCAGCUGACGGCCAACCUCAACAUCAGCCCCAGGCAGGACGGGAGCCCUCGCACCGACCCCCCCCCACCCAGCCUGGCAGCCACCGGACCAGGAAGGUCCCUGGCUCGCUCCUCUUCCUCCUCCUCUUCCUCCUCGGUGCAGCGCUCCAGAUCGUCCUCGUCCCGCCCUGGCCAGCGCUCAGCCGGUCUGUCCCGAGACGUUUUCCCCAAAGCUCGCUUCACCCCCCCCCCCACAGGACUGCCGGUGUUCACCUUCCUGAUUGGCGGGCGGCAGAUGGGCCGGCGCUGCCAGGGCCGCCGCCCCUUCCAGACCAACUUCGCCCCGCCCCCGCCUCUUCCUGCCGUCCCGCCACGUGCCUACGCCCACAAACUGCCCGUCAUCGGCCGGGUGGGCAAACCUGUCCGCCGGGGGGCCGGCUCCCAUUACUCCCUUCACCUGCCUCUCUAGAGGGGGGGGGGGGGGGGCAGAGAUCACUACUGACUUCAACACGCCUAGAAUCACUUUCUUUUUUUGAAAGGAUUCUGUUUUCUCAUCAAGAUGGAGAACAAUGUUUGGCCAGUAGGGUCUCUCUACCAACGCAUCCCACCUGACACUGCAGACAUUCUCACCAAAAAUAUGAAGCACUUGCAGAUUGAGGAGGAUGUGAUGAUCUGUGCUAAUCAGAUUAGUGCAAAUAGGAUUUAAGUAUAAAAACGUUAUUGUUUAUGUCCCACUAACAGGUGGUCCACAUUGGUCGGUUUUUAGUUCCCCACCUUUUUUGACCUCAAAUUGGUGUAUUUCUGAAUGAGCGGUUAGAAAUGAUAUUAUAAUAUUAUUUUGGGAAAAAGAAAAUUGGGAACACAUGAUCAAUAUAUAUAUUGUCACUUUUUCAGUUGAUAUUUGAAACUGUAACUAACAGUUAUUCUCAUUUUUUGAUGUGAUUUUUGUAAUUUUCCAACCAAAAGUGAAAAGGUGCAAAGUAUGUUUAAAUAACAAUGUUAUAAAAGAAGUGGAGCAAAGAGAAGCUGGAUCCAGAGAUGUUUUGCUGUGUUUAACUAACUCAUUCGGAAAAAACGUUUUUGUUUGUUUGUAUUGGUUAAUGAGUUAGUCUUCAUGUUGUUUGAGCACUAAAUCUCAUGAACCGUUGUACUAUCUUUUGUGAACGUCCCCUUCUGCAGCGCCACUAGACGUUAUGUGCUGAAGCUGGAGCUCAGACCCGAGUCAUGAAUCCCACAAAGGACAGAGAACAAGCGAGAAAAACAUGGAGCCAUAGUAAGAGUGCCAAUUUCUCCCAGAAGCCCUGAAACCUGAAAACAUGUAUUUAUACAGAGCUGUAGUUUUCACAGAAUAAACCUUUCUCUUUUGUAAACCUUU